GGUAACAAAAUGGCGAGGUUUAACACCGACAUUGGACGAUUUGACUACCCAAACUCAGGUUUUAAUCAGCCUGAAGAACUUGGGUGUUUCUCAUUAAAUAUAAAAAGAGAAUUUCAAGAUGAUACAAGCCAGAGGAAAUAUUUCAUUAAACCUUCAAAUUAUAAUAAUGUUAAAUAUGAUUUGACAAAAGGAUAUCAAGGUAUGGUGAAAAGAGAUGAAUAUAAGACCGAACAACUCGACCACCUUCUGAAAUGGAUAAAUACACAUGAGCUGGGGAAUAUGCAAACCUACUUCAUAUGCAACAGGGGUUUGUUGAAAAGGUUACUUCAUACUCUGUACGUGAAACAAGAAACCUGGAAGUUCGCCGUGACUCUUCACAAAGGAACUUACUAUUUCUGUGAAUACCACACCGACCAGAAACUGGCAUUUAUAAAACAAAUGACUGGAGGGGGGACGAAGAGAUGUGUGCGUGGGGCUUCAAGUUUGAGCAGUAUCUCACCGCAAGUUCUACAGAUUCCGUGCCAAAUCCAGACAUGCAAUAUAACAACUGUGAAGCUUUCUAUACUGUUGUGAAAUCCCAGGUCGGCAGCCACACACUAGUAUACUGUGGCGAGGUCGAUGCUGUACCUGUAAAUCCAGAUGGGUCUAAAGGGGAUCACUAUGUUGAGUUCAAAACCACCUCAUAUUCCUCAUUGCAGAGAGGCAGUUUCAAAAGGUUCAAGCUUCUUAAGUGGUGGACACAAAGUGUUCUUGCGGGUGUUCCCGAGAUUGUCUGUGGGAUCCGUGACGAUGCUGGAAUUGUUAGCAAGCUACAAACAUACAAAACGCAAGAUAUACCAAGAAUAGCCGGAGACAUCCCUGGUCCAUGGAAGCCCAAUGUUUGUUUCAACUUUCUGGACCAGCUCCUUACCUUCAUCAAAUCUAAUGUGACAGAAGAUAAUCCAAGGCUCGUUCACCUGCUGGAGUUUUCAGGCAGGGAUGCGACUUGUACCCGGCUUUCACUUGACUCCGAGUACGCUUUCCUGCACAGAUGGUAUACUCACUAGCCUUGAGUAUGUAGAUGUUUGCCUGUCAUCAAGAUCAAACCUGUUUGAUGCAACGUUACUGAUUUUGAUCAGGGCAGCUGAACAAUUGUUACUAUGAACACCAUGUUACAGACUUUAUAAAAUAGAUAUGGCUUAAAGACAAUUAAGCAGUAUUAUGGUUACACCUUUCUUGUGAUUCCGUUUCUAUGGCGCAAGUCCCAUAUUACACCGUUCCUGUAUCUUCAGCCAAAUCCCCACGUCUCUUUUUUGAUCAGAACUUAUUUAAACGGUUCUGUUUAUGUUUCAAAAGAGAGCAAAACGUUACAUCAAUAUUUGUUCACAGUGGUUUAAAGUUCAAAUAUUAACAAACUUUCAUUUCUGGAUAUCUGGUAACUCGUUUUUCAAUCCUCCUUUGUAUGCUCCCUUUCAUCAAAGAAGCUAUCAAAUCAUGGUCCAAAGUGUCCCAGACAUUCAUUACCUCCUACUUCAUGACAUCAAUGCUCGUUAAGACUUUCUGGUUAUUAUUAUUAUUAUUCCUUCAUCCCCAGAUGUUCCCUGUUGUUAUUUGCUACGUUAUUUGUUACGUUAAUAUGCGUUUCAAUAAAAUUCUAUGUCAAUUUAGUCGUAAAUUGAUUUAUCUUAGUGUCAUAGUUUCAUAAUAUAUAAUACAUAAAGAUCUUCCGUCAGAGAAUAACACAUUGUCCCAGUCGCGACUGACAAUAACGUCACCAUUGUUUUGACUUGGUAGAAAACCAAUUUUAAGCAAAGUUUCAACAAAAAAAUAUAUCUGCUUAUAUUGGAGAGUAGAAACGUACGAUCGACAAAAUUUUUCGGUUUCCUAAUUUUACCACAUACAUCUAAUGCAUUAACAUAUGGACAUUAACAUUCAUUGAAAAUUAAAAAUAACGGACCGCUCCUUGACGACUUUCAAAAGUGGUGUUUACAAUGGUCACGUGAUUGAUACCGAUGUCACAAUAUCUGUGCUUAAUACGCCACUCCAUUCUCCUGGAACUUCUUACGAUCGGCAUCUGUCAACAUCUUCUUAGACUUAUUAGACCUAUCCAUUUUUUCUAUCAUGACAAAAACAUGACAGUAGUUUAGGAAGUUAAACCUGCUCGUUUUUAUUCCAUCACUUUUAAUGCAUGCAAACAUCGUUGCAAUCAUUUUGACACAUAGCGCUCAAUAUCUUCAAUUCAAGUUUUAACUAAGGGAGAUCACUCUAAAUGAAAAUUGAAGAGCUUGCUGCUCUUGCAUUGAUUGAUAAUUAAUUUGCCUUGCUAAAUGUGUCCCAUUAAUAAAGUUGGUUCAUUUUGGGUCGAACUAUAUACUUCCCUUUAUCUCCACCAGUGCAUUUUGGCCAACAAUUAUAUAACGGACAUUAUGAAAGCUAUCAUCAGCGACGUAAGAUUUAAACUCUACAUUCUAUUACAAACAUAUGGAACAUGUUUUUUCCGUGAAGCGGUAUACAUUCUAGGAGCUAUAAUUACUCGAACUAGUUCCGUUAUGUAAAACACGCCCACUUGUGUUAUUUGUGUUUAGAUUUGUAACAGAGUAUUUUAUUUGUUCAUAUUACUAUGCAUGAGUUUGAUUUGAUGCGUUUUAUUUAUGCAGGUAGAUUUUAUUUGUAUAAAAUUGUUCAACACUUGAAUAUAAAUACUUGAUUGUAAUAUAUUAUUCAAACAACUUUGUCCAAUUAAAAGUUACUAUCAAUUUGGCUUUGUUUUAUUAUAUUGCUUUGAAUUAAUGACAUCAAUAUUUUUGUAUAAUACUGAAAUCUGGACACAUUGGAGUGGCCUUACAAAUCCCGUUUAUAUAUUUUUGAAUAAUGCAUAUAAAUGUUAUGUUG